AUGUUAAUAUUAAUCGAGACUCCAGCUGGAUUCGCUCUCUUUCAAGUAGCUAAUAUCAAAGCUCUUAAUAAAAUAGACAAUAUAUAUGAUUACUUAUAAAAUGAAAAGUAAGCUAAAAAAUUGUAAGCAAAUCUAUUGAUAUAUUUUAAAGAAUUACACCCUUUGCUUUUCAAUAAUUUAAGGAUACAUAAGAAGCUCUAGUGGCAACCAGUAAGUUGAUCAAUGGAAAAAUUCCAAAGAAGCUAAGUAAAUUUUUAGAGAAGAAUGUAAUCUCUUAAGAAGUUUAAGAUUAAAUAGCAGGUACAGUGAAUUUAUUAAACAACAGUCCAAGACAAAAAACUAGCCAAAUAGCUCCAAGAAUAACUAGGAUUAAAUUGCAUUUAAACUCCUGUGACUGAACAAUUAUUUAGAGGAAUUAGAUCCUAAUUAACUAAUCUAAUUGAAGGACUUAGUGAGUCAGAACUAAAAAAUAUGACUUUGGGUUUAGCACAUGGAUUAUCCAGAUAUAAACUUAAGUUCUCUACUGAAAAAGUAGAUACAAUGAUUAUUCAAGCAAUUGCUUUGCUUGAUGAUUUAGAUAAAGAAAUUAAUAAUUAUAUGAUGAGAUUGAGAGAAUGGUUUGGUUGGCAUUUUCCAGAACUUGGCAAAAUAAUAACAGAUAAUUUAAUAUAUGCAAAAGUAGUCAAAGCUAUAGGAAUGAGAAUAAAGACUAGUUCUACAGAUCUCUCUGGUAUUUUACCUGAGAAUCUUGAAGCAGAUGUUAAAUAAGCAGCAGAAGUAUCAUUUGGUACAGAAAUUACAUAAGAGGAUGAAAAAUUUAUUCUAUGUCUUGCAGAUUAAGUUAUUGAAUUAACUGAAUAUAGAUUCUAAUUAUCUGAAUAUCUAAAAAAUAGAAUGUAAGCUAUUGCACCUAAUCUAACUACAAUGGUAGGUGAAUUAGUUGGUGCUCGAUUGAUUUCACAUGCAGGUUCUCUUGUAAACUUAGCUAAAUAUCCAGCUUCUACAGUUCAAAUUUUAGGAGCAGAAAAAGCAUUAUUUAAGGCUAUCAGAACUAAACAUAAUACACCAAAAUAUGGUUUGAUCUUUUAAGCUAGUUUAGUAGGAAGUGCUCCUGCUAAAUUGAAAGGAAAAGUAUCAAGAACAUUAGCUGCAAAAACAGCAUUAUGUAUUAGAUAUGAUGCUUUAGGUAUUAAUAAAUAAUUUCAAUUAUUAUAGGAGAGGGAUAAGAUGCUGAAUUUGGAAUUACUAAUAAAUUAUUUUUAGAAAAAAGAGUUCAUUAAUUAGAAGAAGGAGUUAAUUAUAGAGAUGUGAAGGCUCCUUAAAGAGGAAAAGCUAAACCUAUUUAAUCUCAAACAUAAUAUUAAGAGGAAGCUGAUUUUUAACCAUAAGGUUCAAAUUGGAUGCAAAAAUUCCAAAAGGGCGAAGAUAAAAGACAAGCUUCUCAAGAAAUAGUAUAAAAAAGUUAACAAAAGAAGGUGAAAUAAUAAUGAAAGUACAUUUA